AUGGCCGCAGACACAGUCCGGGCCGCUGCCGUCAAGCGCGGCCAGCGGCUCGCCGACAGGCACCUGCUGCAGCGCCUCGACAGCCCGUCUCGCGGUGCUUCCGCCCUGCUCCACUUCACCGGCUGCUGCAGCUUCACUUACUCCUUCUACUACCUGUUCUACGAGCCCAACCCCAUCAACGCUUCGUGGGGCUGGCACCUUCAAUUCCUGACCUGCUGCGGCCUGUCCCUCGCCUUUCUGACCUACGUCUUUGCCCUCCUCGCCGACCUGACCCUCUCUCGUGCCCUCUACCGCGCAAAGAACCUGCUCGCCCUGACCGCCGCACCGCUCGAGUGCUGCAUUUCCGUCCUCUACUGGGUCAUCAAAGCCAUUGACCCGCGCCUGCUCAUGCACCCGGACCUCCCCGCCCUCGACCUGCUGCCCGACAUCUCCUUCCACCUUGCCCCGGCCGCCCUGCUCGCCCUCGACCUGCUCUUCUUCUCGCCGCCCUGGACCCUCACCGCCGCCCCUGCUCUCGCCGUCAGCUCGCUCGUCGCCGUGGGCUACUGGUUCUGGGUCGAGGCCUGCUUUGCCCACAACGGCUUCUACCCCUAUCCGCUCUUCGGCCAGCUCGACACCCCUGCUCGCGUCGUCCUCUUCACCGCCGCCGCCGCCGUCAUGACCGUCAGCACCCUCGCCCUCAAGGCCGUCUAUCAUGCCGUGAACGGCUCGAGCAGAACGGGUGCCACCUCGGGCGAUGCGAAGAAGGGCUUGUAA